CAUCACCACCUUGUGGAAAGUCCCUGACUGUCUGCGAGGAGCCAGUCAAACAAACAGCCGUGAGAAUUUCCUCGAUGAAUGCGGGGGAUCAACAUUUACUUCGCUUUUCAACCUCUGCGGUGUAAACGCCUGUGAUUUUUUUUUUACUUGUCAUAUUUUGGUGUCAACCGAGUUCAUGUUUCCCUGCGAGUGCUACCUAGUGUUAGCAGACUAGCUCUUUGUGUGGCUAGCUGCUAGCUGAGGGAUGUGUUGUUGUUGAGCUGUGCAGCCCUCCCGUCGUCUGGGAGAGGAGACUCAUCAGCUGUUUAUGGAAAACGCCUUCUCGACACUUUCUCAUCCACUGACGUUAUAUGUGAAAGUUGCGUGUGACACCCUGCUGCCAAACCUUUUAGGUUAGUAAAUCUACAACCGAGAAAGAGGGGACAGUUUGACGGACGAGGAAGGAGAUGGGAAACUGUCUGAAAUCUCCGACCUCGGAUGAUAUUUCUUUGCUACAUGACUCUCAGUCGGACCGGGCCAGCUACGGAGACGGUACUGAUGCCGACCAGGAGCCACCGCCCCCCUAUCAGGAACAGAUUCAUGUACCUGUCUACCAUCCUACACCCAGCCAAGCCCGGCUGGCCACCCAGCUGACGGAGGAAGAGCAGAUACGCAUCGCCCAGAGGAUCGGACUCAUCCAGCACCUCCCUAAGGGGGUGUACGACCCAGGGCGAGACGGCUCUGAGAAGAAGAUCAGAGAGUGUGUCAUCUGUAUGAUGGACUUUGUGUAUGGAGACCCCAUCCGAUUCCUGCCUUGCAUGCACAUCUACCAUAUGGACUGUAUAGACGACUGGCUGAUGAGAUCCUUCACCUGCCCCUCCUGCAUGGAGCCUGUGGACGCAGCGCUGCUCUCCUCUUACGAGACCAACUGACAAACAUAAAUACACACUCACAUAACCCCACAGACGCCUGUGGAACAGACACACGUACAUCAUGCACAAUGGACGUACACACAUAUGCUGUCUUGCUAACCUGUAUCCUGGAUUAGUAAAGUGGUGAUUUAAAACAGUGUGAGUGGAAGGAUUGAGGAAGCUUUAGGACGUACUGUGUGUGUGUGUGUGUGUGUGUGUGUGUGUGUGUGUGUGUGUGUGUGUGUGUGUGUGUGUGUGUGUGUGUGUGUGUGUGUGUGUGUGUGUGUGUGUGUGUGUGUGUGUGUGUGUGUGUGUGUGUGUGUGUGUGUGUGUGUGUGCCUCACAAAUUCCUCAGUUAGCCUUCUGAACAGGAUUGGAAAGAUGAGCAGUGUUAGAGGUGAGGAGGAGCAGGAAGAAGCUGGAUCAGAGACAUUGGGGAGGAAAGUGCAAAGGGAAGUUAAGAGGUAUGGAUGAUGGUUCACUGACAUUGUUAAGAAACCUUUCUAAGGUCUGCUUUUGUAGACGCAUAUAGACACACAAGCGUGCCCCGUCGCACACUUUUUACUCCCCAUCAUUGAAACAAGGGACAGAAUACAGAAGAAAGGACUUCUUACCACCACAGUCUACUAAGGCUACAUAGACUGCUAAAUCCUGAUUUCUGUAACAUCAAGCAACUUCCCGGUGGAAACCCCUUCAGAAGGUCUGCCAGAUGCUUUGGUGGGCUAUACACAGAUGCCUGUUGCACUGUCAUAUCUGCUGAAAAAUUGCUACACAAUGAAGAUAUGCAACAUGAAGACCGCCAGAGAUGGAACUACAAACGUUGCUUGUUCACAGCACCGAGGCCUCAAGUUGUACAGAUCUUUUAGGAGAUAAAUAAGAUUGAUAGUUGGAUUAAUGGAUUGUCCUGUGGCUUUGUGAAAUCUGUUGUGUGUUUGUUCUGUCAGUCAGCAUAAGGGCUCUGUGGAUACAGUGUUUACCCACAAGACAGACGUGUCAAAAGACAAUACGAUCGCUAAUCUGAUGGAUAGCUGUUAGACUGUUGCUGUCAAGCUGCUGACUUGUUCACAGUGAGAUCUUAGGCUAAUCGAUGAACAGUACAAUUAGACCAGCUGUCGAAACAGUAAUACAAAUCAGAGAUAUUUGCACUUUUUAUCAGACUCGUCACAACAGUCGACCAUUACUCAGUAAUUAUGUCAAAAUGACGUACAGUAUGUGCUUUGCUUUACCUUUCUCCUUACCGUUGCCCUUAUUUGUAAUUACAGACACUUUUUCAGUGGGUGGCAAUAUUGCUCAUAACAGUUUUAUGGCAUAAAUCAAAGCAAUGAGUUAAUCUUGAAUUUGAUGUUCUAGAUCACACAGAGUGCUGAAGGGUGCCAUCACACGGAUGUGGGUGAUGCAGGUCUAGUUCUAGGUAUUGUUUCAGUGAAUGUGACUGAGGACGUUUAUUUAAAUGAUGUGGUGAGAAUCAGCUGUUAUACAAAGCUGACAGAGUCCUACGUUUAGAAACCGUACAUCUCUAUUUAUUUUUGUUCACAUGAAUUUAAGGCCUCAAUCCAAACCACCUUCUUGAAACAUUGUAAGAGUAUCCAAGUCACCCAGUUUACUAUAAAAGCACAAAGAUUUUCAAUAGUUUAGUUAUAUUUUUCUUCUCCUUGCUAACUUCUGCCUGAGACUUUGAAUUAUGUGAUAUAAGUGAUAUAUCCUAUAAUCUCCCCCUGAAGAGCGAGCAUGAUGCGGCCUGCACGCAGAUUGCAAAAGUGACUUUUGUUAUAUUUUUAUGUGUUUGAACCUUUUGUGUGUAUGUUUUCAUAAAGAUUAGAUGGUGGAGAUGGCAGUCAGCACCUUAUUCUUUGCACAGUACUUUGAUCUGCCUCACUCUCUCUAUUCCUCCAUCAGUAAGGUGGAGCCUCAUGGCCUUAGGUUACUCACGACAAGGGUUUGAAUCGGUUGGUAAAAUCAGAGAAACCAGUUAAUUGCAAGAAUCAAGGAGGGAGAUUGUACAAAAAAAAAACUGUUUCGACUGCCAAUGCUGCUGCUGCUGCUGCUGAGCCUUCAUUGUACAUGUCAUGUUGAGAAGAAUACAAAAGGUGUCAAGAAAAAUGUUCAGCUACAUUAUCACACAACUAAUAAAAUUGUAAGUGUA